UGUGAAGCACAUACACUGAAGGACUACUCUUGGCGAAGUCACGCAAAUUGUUCUUUUCCCACAACAGUGACCUAUCAGACUGAAGGAUAACUCUCUUCAAGAGGUGGUCUUAUUAUUUUUCAGCUGCUGCAAAGAAUACCCAUGAUGAUCAGAGGGCAGAUGGAUCUAAACUGCCUCAUGUUUCUCCUGGUCCUCUUCUCCCUCAAUAAGCUGCUCGUGGCCACAAGCCCUGAAGGUGACUACCAGGAGCAUCUGAAUCACCGGGGUGAACAUCAGGCGACACGGAACCAAAUUGCCAUGGCCCAGUACGAAUGCUUUCAGCGGAUUGUGAAAGAAUCCCACCGCAAAACAAAAACAAUAGCAGGGACAGAGUGCAACAGGACAUGGGAUGGGUGGCUGUGCUGGGAUGAAACUGAAGCUGGGAUAACAACAGUGCAGAGCUGUCCAGACUAUUAUAACGAUUUUGACCCUCAUGCGGUAGCAUCCAAAGUCUGCACAGAGACGGGGGACUGGGGACGCCACCCGGAGAGCAACAGGAUAUGGACAAACUUCACAAACUGCAAAGCCAACACCACAAAUCAUAGAACAGCGGCAAUGACUCACUUCUACUUGGUUAUGAUUGGUCAUGGGCUGUCGCUGGUAUCAUUGCUUAUAUCUUUAGGAAUAUUCUUCCAUUUUAAGAGUCUGAGCUGUCAGAGGAUCACCCUCCAUAAAAACCUCUUCCUCUCCUUUGUGCUAAACUCAGUCAUCACCGUCGUCUGGCUUACAACAGUGGUGAAGAAACAGGGCCACACGUAUAACGAUUCUGCCAGUUGUAAGCUGCUCAUGUUCAUCCACCUCUAUCUGCUGAGCUGUAACUACUUCUGGAUGCUUUGCGAGGGCAUCUACCUGCACACGCUGAUUGUUGUGGCAGUGUUUGCAGAAAAACAACAUCUCAUGUGGUAUUAUCUGCUCGGGUGGGGCUUUCCACUCGUGCCAGCGGUGAUACAUUCGAUAGCGCGCCACUGCUACUACAACGACAAAUGUUGGGUCAGCUCAGACACUUCCUUGCUGUACAUUAUCCACGGCCCCAUCUGCGCCGCACUGGUGGUAAAUCUUUUCUUCCUGCUGAACAUCGUGCGGGUUCUCAUCACCAAAUUGCGGGUGACGCACCAGGCUGAGUCCAGCCUCUACAUGAGGGCUGUGAGAGCCACCCUCAUCCUCAUCCCUCUGCUCGGCAUCCAGUUUGUCCUGCUCCCUUACAAGCCCCACGAUCACUGGGUCUCCGAGAUCUACCUGUACAUCAUGGAAAUCCUCAUGCACUACCAGGGUCUCUUGGUUUCUACAAUAUUCUGCUUCUUCAACGGGGAGGUCCAGAGCGUUCUUCGGAGACACUGGAAUCAGCAGCGGAUGCAGUUCGCCGGCACGUUCGCCAACGCUGACUUCUUCCGCUCGGCCUCCUAUGUGGCGUCAUCGCUGACGGAAGUCCACCGCUGCUACAGCAUCGAAAGCCACACCGAGCACAUGAACGGCAAGAGCUACUCAGACAUAUUCAGAUCGGACAGCCCUUUUGUGUGAAGUCGGCCCUCCACGUACGACACCUGAGGCUGUUUCUUUGACUUCUCCCAAGAUGUUACGAAGAUUGAGGUCAAUGUUUGGUCGCAUGGAGUUGUGCGACUGUUCAUGGCUACUGAGUACAAACAUUUCUUUCACUUGAUAUUUUUCCAUCUCCCAGCCAAGCAAACUCACAUAUUUUACUUUUUUGAUUUUUUUUUCAUGAAUAUUACCAAAACAGAAGGAGCUUGAGACCGAAGACGCUGUUUUAUCGUCAUUAUUUCUGCCCCAUAAAUAUUCAAAGGAGCUGUUGCCGGAUAUAAGGAAGACCCAAUGAAUCAACCAGCCUCAUUGUAAAGCAUUAAUGCGAGGAAUUAAUGAUUUUUUGUAAGUGUGGAAUAAACUUGACAAGCCCUCGGUAAACAAGAAGCUGUUCUGUUGAACUAACUGCUACAGUUCUGACUUUUCUGGGUAUACUGUAUUGAUGCCAUUUAAAAAUAGGUUGUUCUUGUCAAGGGUAUUGUGGACCCUGUUGAACCACCUCUCAAAAUUCAGUUGUAGGCACAUAACACUGCGGUAGAAUUUAAGUUGCUGGGAGUUAGCCUAGUGGCUAGCUUCAAUAGCAAAGCAGGAGCGGGUCAAGCGGUGGCCAGUUAGCCUCUUUCUGCUGAGACAGGCAAACUUUGCGCCUUCAGGAACGUAAAAGAACGAACAACAAUGAAUUCUGUGUUUGGUACCUUACAGAAUUACUCAUGUAUAAUGUAGAAAAUUACAAACACAAAAAAAACAGGAAAUAAACAGCUAGCUUGCUUUGCUAAAUGUCAUCCUGCGUUAGCUGCUUCUCAAAUGAAAGGCAUUCAACUCAAAAUUUGGGGUGAAUGAAAAGAGUUAUCUAUUGAUGUAUUAUUUCCUUUAGCUAAGUUAAAAACAAACAAUGAGUUUCACAAUAAGAAACAGACGCUUACGUUGUCACAUCUGGCUUGACGACAGCUGCAGUGUCUUUUAAGCUAAUGAGCCGUUUGGCUCACUGUGUUUGUUGCUUCACAUCUGAUUAUUCCAAAAUGCUGGAGAGGUUGUAGUCACAGAGGAAAAUAUGACUGAAAAGUGUAUGUGUUUGUACAUAUAUUUGAAUGUGUAUGGAUAUGACAUCUAUCAAGGCACAGAAUAUGAUUUUUUUUUAUUUUGACAUCUUGUAUGCAACAUCCUUUGUAUAAUUUUCAAGUCAGCAAGUGAACACAUCAUUGUAUAUUACUUAUUAGUUCACAAACUGCAGCUGGUUACUUAACAGUAUAAAGAGUGAAAAUGCCAAGUUGCAUGUUUUUAGAUGAAUUAUCUAAAGAUUUUUGUGUCUACAAAAGAAAUUCAGCAGGAACUGACUUAUUCUGAUUCACUGAUUUGACUCUUUUUACACUGAUAACUAUUAGCUGUAGUCAUAACACAUUCAGUAAACCCUCAAUAUGUGUGAAGAUAACUUUUCCUGUCAGACAGCUGCUGGUUUCAGCUUUCCAAUACAGGAAUUAUUAUCAGUCUCUCAUGCAACACUAAUAUUAACUUACUGUUGUUUUAAAUCACCCAAAGAGAAAAAAUAAUCAAGAUUUUUGUUGAGAAAUAGAUGAGAAGAUUGAUACCACUCUCAUGCCUGUCUGCACAAUAUGAAGCUACAGACACCGGUUAGCUUAGCUUUGCAUAAGUACUGGAAACGGGGAAAUGGCUCGCUUGACUCUGUCCAAACAAAAUCCAUGUUUACCAGCUGCUGGCUGUAGCUUUACACUGUACACACAUGAGAAUGCUAUCUCUCUUUUCAUCUGACUUUCAACAAGAAAACCAGUACGAAUAUUUUCCAAAAGGUCAAACGAUAUCUGAAAACUCUUUACAAGUCUAACUUGGGUUUGCAGACAUCUCUAUUACUUUGCAAGACAGAGAAUAUUAGUGAUAACAGGGAUUUGUAUUGCUAUUAACAUGGGCUACAGUGGAAAAAAAAAACAAAUACACAUAUUUGUACUGAAACUUUCUCAACUCAAAGUUCACUUACUUGCUUUCUCUGGAGCUUUUAAACAUAUUUUAUUGCCUUGCCAAUGGAACUUCUCCAGGCCUUUACAUCCGUCUCAUUAUAGUUCCUUUUGCUGAAGAAGUCCAUGGGGCCAAAUCUAGUAAGUGAACCUUGAGUUAAGAAUCUAUUAUCCCAUGUUUGAGCUGUUCCAGGUUUUAUGCAUUUUCUUAUGUCUGAAGAUUAUUUUAGUCCUGGUCUGAAUCUUAUUUUCCUUUUUUUUUUAGCAUAGUUUUGUCAAUAAAUCCAGACAAUGCUUGUUCAUACUGAAGUAAUAAUGCUGUAAAUAAAAACAAG